CGCAGGGCGCUCGCGCAGCCGCAGCCUGUGAGAUCGGACGGCAGCCGCUGCGGCCAUGGGCAAGAACAAAGCCAAAGGGUCAAAGCCGAAGAGUGUCUUCCAUGUGGCCAACACCAAAUCCCUGAAGGCCAAGAAUAAAGCUAAACCGGUCACAACAAAUCUGAAGAAGAUAAACAUUGUGAAUGAUGAAAAAGUUAGAACGGUAAAUAAAGCAUUUACUGAAGUACAGAAAGAAGUCAAACAACUAUCAAAAGGCAUUUCAUCAAAAUCUCAAAAGAGGCGUUGGGUUUCCAAGCACCUGGAAAGUGAACCAGCUGAUGUGGAUGCAACUGCAAGCUUAUUAUCUCAGUUGUAAUGCAUAAUGAAAUAUCUAUGAAUUUCAAAAGCAAAAUUUACUGGCAAAAAUCAGUGGAUGGCACAUAAUGAAUACUCUUUGUACAGUUUUAUUAAAAAAAUCUUGUUAAUA